ACUCUAGGCCCCGGCCCCCUCUCCGAUCAGCGAUGCGCAUCCACCAAUCCCUCCUCCUCCCCCUCCUCCUCGCCCCCCUAGCCGCCGCCUGGGACGCCCCACAGUACGGGGGCUACACCCGCGUGUGGCAAGCCAACUUCCCCUACGCGGCGGGGACGCCGCCGGACGCGGGCAACUGGAACAUCGUCACGGGCGACCUGGGCGUCAACGCCGAGCUGGAGACGUACACGUCGUCGCCGCGCAACGUGCAGUGCAGCGGCGGCGGCACCCUGCAGCUGGUGCCCUGGCGCGACGCCUACGCGCGGUCCGGCUGGACGUCUGGCCGCGUCGAGAGCCGCUACACCUUCGCGCCCGCCCCCGGCCGCCUCACCGUCGCCGAGGCGCAGAUCCGGUUCGGCGACGCCGACCCGAGCCGCAAGAGGGGCAUCUGGCCGGCCUUCUGGAUGCUGGGCGACUCGAUCCGGCACGGCACGGCCUGGCCGGCGUGCGGCGAGCUGGACGUCAUGGAGACGGUCAACGGGCAGCUGACGGGGUACGGGACGGCGCACUGCGACGUGUACCCGGGCGGCAUCUGCAACGAGGGCAAUGGCAUCGGCGGCAGCGUCGGCAUCCCCGACCAGUCGUGGCACACGUGGCGCGUCGUCUUCGACCGCACCGCCGCGCCCAACUGGCGGGCCGAGUCGGUCACCUGGUACAUGGACGGGAGGCAGUUCCACCAGGUCACGGGGAGCCGCAUCGGCAACGAGGGCGUGUGGAAAGCGCUGUGUCACAGCCCGCUGUACUUCAUCUUGAACGUCGCUGUUGGUGGGAACUGGCCCGGCUAUCCCGACGGCAACACCAUUGACGGGUAUGGCAGUAUGAUGGAGGUCGGAUAUGUCGCUCACUACCAGUCCAACUAGGACUGCUUCUCUGUCACAUAUGAUCCUUGUCCCUUUCUGUUGUAUAUACUUUGCUGUCGAUGUAUAUAGCGGCCUCUGAUUCUGGAUGACCGGUUUCUGAACAUGACCGAUUUUCACCUUGCCACUGCCAAAGUUGUGGAGUCAAGGGGAUAUCGUUAGCUAAGAAAUUACAGCAACCACUCG